AUGAUCGAAAAUAUUACGAAUUAAUUAUAAAAUAUCUAAAAUUAAAAAUAUAUAAUAUUAAAAGAUUUAUCUUCAGUAGAUACUUUAAUAAAAAUAAAAAUUUAUAAAUAGAUAACAAUAAAAUAGAUUAAAUAAACAAUAUAAUAAUAUACUGGAGCUAAUUUAAAUAGCAUUAAGCUAAUAUAUAAACAAACAAUAUUGUCAAAUAAUAAUUAAUCAAUAAAUUUAGAUUAAUUAAAAUAAUAGGAAUAAUAUUUUUAUUAUAUUAUAAAGCCUAAAAAAUAAAAAAUAAUAGGUAAAAUAUAAUCAUAUAACUUUAGAGAUAAAAUUUAAAGGGAGAUUAAUUAUGCUAUAACAGAAAUAAGAAAAGGAUUAAAUUAAAAUAUAAAUCCGAAAAUAACAGAUUCUGGAAUAUCUGGAAGUUAUUUUAUAGAAAACUAAAGAAGAAAAAAAAUUGCUAUUUUUAAACCUUUUGAUGAAGAGCCUUAUACACCAAACAACCCGAAAGGAUAUGUAGGAUAGUUAGGAUAAGAAGGUAUUAGAAAAGGAAUAAGAAGUGGUGAAUAAUGUUUUAGAGAAAUAGCAGCAUAUUUAUUAGAUUAUGAUAAUUUUCAUAAUGUACCGCCUACUAUUUUUACAUUAGGAAUAUCUUUAAUAAGUGGCUUAUAUCUAUAAAAUAAAAAUUAAGAUACUAUAUAUAUGCAAGCAAAAAAAGGAAUUUAAAAAACAAAAACAUUUAUAUGGGGAAAUGGUAUAUAUUAACCUCGUCCAGAAGCCACAUUAUAAUUUAAAAAUUUUGAACCAAAACUAAUUGAGGAUUUUUAAGGUUAAAAGAAUGGCAUCAAUUUAUAAGAAAUAAUUUUUACUGAAAAAAACGAAUUUGGAAUUGAUAUAAAUGGUCAAAUAUAUGUUUGGCCUACUUAAAAAUUAGAUGCAAAUUUUUCAGGAGAUCCAAAGGAUAAUAGACGUGAAAAAAUUUAGCAAAUAACAACCUAAAAAGAGGAUACGUUUACCCAAAUAUGUACUACAUAAAGUUAUUUAUGGGCUUUGAAUUAAAAAGGAGAAGUUUAUCAAUGGAAUAUCUAAUAACAAAAAGAAGGUUAAUAGUAAAUUCCUAUAGUUGAUAUAAAAUCAAAAAAAAAAUUAACAUCUUUGUCAGAGAAGAUUAAACAAAUAUCAUCUGGUGAAGACCAUCUAUUAUUUCUAACAUAAGCAGGAGAUAUAUAUACUUUAGGAGAUGAUACAUAUGGACAAUGCGGUUUGGGUGCAAGCAAUAGGGUUCCUUGUCCUCCAUUUAAAGAAAGAAGAGUAAAAAAUCCUCGUAAAGUAAACGCAUUAGAUGCUAAAGUGGUAAAAGUAGCAUGUGGUAAAAAUCAUUCAUUGGCAGUAACUCAGGAAGGAAAUUUAUAUGGAUGGGGAUUAAACUAAAACAUGUAAUUAUCCUAAGAAUUAGAGUUCUCGAAAGGUGAGGAACCAUUAGUUUGCUUAUAUGAGCCUUUAUAAAUUAAAAAAAAUUUGGAAUUUUCAAAAAUUGUAGAUGUAGCAGCUGGAGAAGCCCAUACUAUGAUUGUCAGUGUGAACAGAUAAAACGAAGAAACUGAAGUUUUUGGAUGCGGAUAUAAUAAUAAAGGAGAACUUGGAGUAGGACUCUUAAGACAUAUAUGCGAUGUGGAAAAAGUUGAUGGAUUAUCAAAUUUUAAAAUAUAAGAUAAAGACGGGCAAUAUAAAAAUGUUAGGAUUAAAAAAAUAGUUUGUGGAGAUAGACAUUGUUUGGCUUUAAUUGAUGAGUUAGGUGUAGUUAUGGAAUGGGGUGAUAAUGAAAACGGAUAAUUGGGAAAUAAAAAAAGAGCUUUUACGGAAUUUCCAGUGAUCUAAUAAAAAUUUAAAAAUGAAAAAGUUCUUAAUGUUUGCGCUGGGGAAAAUAGUAGUGCUGUUAUUUGCGAAGAUUCAAAAUGA